AUGGCACCCAUCUGCUCCCUUCUCUUCCUCCUGCUACUGCCUCGUUCCACCGCUGCUCUCUCCAAGUCCAAACCGCCCGCGCGGUACCGGUACCACACGCUCCACGCCAGCCCGCUCUCCCCCGACCCCAUCGCCCGAGCCGACGCCGCGCGACCUCUCUUCGCCGCCGCCGCCGGAGCAUCCAUCUCGGAGCUGGACGCGCACGACAUCAGCAAUGGCUCCACCGUCCACCUGCUCCUCGCCCACCACGAGGCGUUCGCGGCGCCCAACGCCACGGCGGCCCAGCUCCUGGCGCACCGCCUGACGCGAGACGCCGCGCGCGCCGAGGCGAUCUCCGUGUCCAUGUCCGUGCCCGCGGCGGCCGCGAGGAACGUGACGCGCGGCGCUGCCAGCGCCCGUGGCGGGUUCGCGGCGCCCGUGGUGUCCGGCCUGGCGCAGGGCAGCGGCGAGUACUUCGCUUCGGUGGGCGUGGGCACGCCGCCGACGCCCGCGCUGCUGGUGAUGGACACCGGCAGCGACGUGGUGUGGCUGCAGUGCGCGCCGUGCCGCCGGUGCUACGCGCAGUCGGGCCGGGUGUUCGACCCGCGGCGGUCCCGGUCGUACGCCGCCGUCCGCUGCGGCGCGGCGCCCUGCCGCGGCCUCGACGCCGGGGGCGCCGGCGGCUGCGACCGGCGCCGCGGGACGUGCCUGUACCAGGUGGCCUACGGGGACGGGUCCGUCACGGCGGGGGACCUGGCCACGGAGACGCUGUCGUUCGCGCGGGGCGCGCGGGUGCCGCGCGUCGCCGUCGGGUGCGGGCACGACAACGAGGGCCUGUUCGUGGCCGCCGCGGGGCUGCUGGGCCUCGGCCGCGGCCGGCUGUCGCUGCCCACCCAGACGGCGCGCCGCUACGGCCGCCGCUUCUCCUACUGCCUGGUGGGCCGUACCUCGUCGUCGUCGCUGAACCGUCCGUCGGCCACGCCGCGCUCGUCCACGCUGACCUUCGGCGCGGGCGCCGUUCCCGGCCGCGCGUCGUUGUCGUUCACCCCGAUGGUGAGCAACCCCAGGAUGGCGACGUUCUACUACGUGCGCGUGAUGGGGUUCAGCGUGGGCGGCGCGCGCGUCGGCGGCGUGGGCGAGCGGAGCCUCCGUCUGGACCCGUCGGUGUGA